UUAAGAUCUGUAGUUCUUUUUGCUUUUCCUUGUUACCGUGGUAGCAUGUAUCCCUGUUGCCGAAGAAUGAAGCAGGCAGGCUGGAGUUUUUUAUGUUCAGUGCUUUUGGGACUGCUAGAGAGAAGUCCACAGAGAGAUGUGCGCAGCAACCGUGCCCACUGAGUUUAUUAUGCUUAUUGAUCACUUAUUCUGACGCAAAGGAUGAAAGAAUGAUGUGAUGGAGAUGAAUAUGGGCUGCUGGUCAGGCACAAGACCCCCAUUGUCUUGCCUCACCAUCCUGCUUGUCAAGCUUUUGGCCUGUGUUUGCCAGGGGCUUCAAGGGACAAUACCACUCGGCUUUCACUUUACGCAUUCCAUUUACAAUGCUACAGUGUACGAGAACUCUGCAGCCAGGACCUAUGUCAACAGUCCAAGUAGAAUGGGUAUUACACUGGAAGAUCUUUCAUGGGAUAUCAAGUACAAGAUAGUGUCUGGCGAUGAUGAAGGCUUUUUCAAAGCAGAAGAAGUCAUAAUUGCUGACUUCUGCUUUCUCAGAAUAAGAACUAAAGGUGGGAAUUCUGCUAUAUUAAACAGAGAAAUCCAAGAUAACUAUUUAUUGGUAGUAAAAGGGUCUGUCAGAGGAGAGGACUUAGAAGCAUGGACAAAAGUGAAUAUCCAGGUUUUGGAUAUGAAUGAUCUAAGACCUUUGUUUUCACCAACCACUUACUCUGUAACGAUAGCAGAAAGCACUCCUUUAAGGACUAGUAUUGCACAGGUGACAGCCACAGAUGCAGAUAUUGGGUCCAAUGGCGAAUUCUAUUACUACUUCAAAAACAAAGUUGAUCUCUUUUCAGUUCACCCAACUAGCGGAGUUAUCUCUUUAAGUGGCCGGUUAAACUGUGAUGAGAAAAACAGAUAUGACCUUGAAGUUCUGGCUGUGGAUCGUGGGAUGAAACUUUAUGGAAACAAUGGAGUAAGCAGCACUGCCAAACUUUAUGUUCAUAUUGAACGUAUAAACGAACACGCCCCAACCAUAAGUGUGGUAACCCACAUACCCUUUCCAUUAGACAAGGAGCCUACGUAUGCUGUUAUUAACAUUGAUGACCUAGAUGAAGGAGCUAAUGGAGAGAUUGAAUCUGUUUCCAUCGUAGCUGGAGAUCCCUUAGAACAGUUCUUUCUGGCUAAGGAGGGAAAAUGGAUUAAUGAGUACAAAAUCAAAGAGAGAAAACCCAUUGACUGGGACAACUUCCCCUAUGGUUACAAUCUUACUCUCCAAGCAAAGGACAAAGGGUCUCCUCAGAAGUUUUCUGCAGUCAAACUGGUCCACAUCGCUAGUCCCAAGAGAGAAAGUGUCCCAGUAAAGUUUGAAAAGGAAGUUUAUGAUGUGUCAAUCAGUGAAUUUUCCCCUCCAGGAGUAGUGGUAGUUAUAGUUAAGUUGGUGCCUGAACCACAGGAUGUGGAAUAUAUAAUAUCUCCUAAUCAAGAUGCUGAAUAUUUUAAGAUUAAUCCCACGACAGGUCUUAUUAUCACCUCUCACUCUUUGAAAAUCAUUGAGAAGGAACUCUAUGAGUUAGAAGUAGUAAACAAAGGUGGUGAUUUAAAAGCACAAGUUAUUGUCAGGUUAGAAGAUGCGAAUGAUCACACUCCAGAGUUCACACAGCCUUCGUACAGCUCCUUUGUCAAUGAAAGUGUUCCUGUAGGAACCAGCGUUUUGUCAGUUUCCGCAUUUGACAAGGACAGGGGAGAAAACGGAUAUAUAACAUACAGCAUUGCCAGUCUGAAUUCACUGCCCUUUUCGAUAAACCAGUUUACUGGUGUUAUUAGCACCUCUGAAGAACUGGAUUUUGAGUCUUCUCCAGAGAGCUACAGGUUCAUUGUCAGAGCCUCUGAUUGGGGUUCGCCGUACCGUCAUGAAAGCGAGGUUAAUGUCACUAUAUAUAUAGGCAAUGUCAAUGAUAACAAGCCGUUGUUUGAGAAAGUGGCUUGUCAGGGAGUGAUUUCAUCUGACUUUCCCAUAGGUGGUCACAUCACUGCUAUAUCUGCCAUAGAUAUAGAUGAGCUAGAACUAGUGAAAUACAAAAUUAUCUCUGGAAAUGAGCUUGGAAUUUUUUAUUUAAAUCCUGACUCCGGUGUGCUGCAACUUAAAAAGUCUCUUGUUAAUUCUGGCAUAAAGAACACCAAUUUCGGCCUUAAGAUCACAGCUACAGAUGGAGAGAAUUUUGCUGAUGCCAUGUUCGUUAACAUUUCAAUAGUACAUGGGAAAGUGUCUUCAAAGACCUUUAGCUGUAGAGAAACUAGAGUUGCUCAGAAGCUGGCAGAGAAAUUGCUCAAGAAGGCAAAAGCAAAUGUGAAGCUGAAUUUGGAAGAUGGCUUCCUUGAUUUUUAUUCGAUUAACAGGCAAGCUCCACACUUUGAUAAAUCCUUUCCCUCUGAUGUAGUGGUUAGAGAGGACCUUCCAGUUGGUGCUAGCAUCCUGAAAAUAAAAGCCUAUGAUGCGGACUCUGGAUUUAAUGGGAAGGUUGUCUAUACAAUUUCUGAUGGAAAUACAGAUAGUUGCUUUAACAUUGACAUGGAAACAGGACUUCUUAAAGUUCUUAUGCCCAUGGACCGAGAGAAAACAGAGCUGUAUCUCCUUAACAUUACAAUUUAUGAUUUAGGUAAUCCCCAGAAAUCUACAUGGAGACUAUUGACUGUAACUAUAGAGGAUGCAAAUGAUAACAGUCCUGUUUUUUUACAGGAUAGUUACUCAGUUAAUAUUUUAGAAAGCUUGAGUAUUGGUACAGAAAUGAUCCAAGUGGAAGCUAGAGAUAAAGAUCUGGGCUCUAGCGGUGAAGUGAUUUACUCAGUAUUGACAGACACACAGCAGUUUGCCAUCAAUAGUUCUACUGGAGUAGUGUAUGUUUCUGACCAACUAGACAGAGAAUCGAAAGCAAACUAUACACUAAAGAUAGAGGCCAGGGACAAAGCUGAGAUUGGCCAUCAGCAAUUUUCUGUUGUUUCUCUGAAGGUUUUUUUGGAUGAUGUGAAUGAUUGUUCUCCAGCUUUCAUUCCAUCUAGCUACAGUGUGAAGGUCCUUGAAGAUCUGCCAGUUGGCACUGUAAUAGCUUGGCUAGAAACUCACGACCCAGAUCUUGGUUUGGGAGGUCAAGUGCGCUACUCUUUGGUGAAUGAUUACAAUGGACGAUUUGAAAUAGACAAAGCUAGUGGCACUAUCCGCUUGAACAAAGAACUCGAUUACGAGAAACAACAGUUCUAUAACUUGACUGUGCGUGCAAAAGACAAAGGACGUCCAGUUUCCCUCUCUUCCGUUUCUUUUGUCGAGGUUGAAGUGGUGGAUGUUAAUGAAAAUCUCUACACUCCUUAUUUUCCUGACUUUGCAGUCAUUGGAACUGUAAAGGAAAACUCCCGCACUGGAACAAGUGUAUUGCAAGUGAUAGCUCAAGAUGAAGACUCUGGAAGGGAUGGGGAGAUCCAGUAUUCCAUCAGGGAUGGCAGUGGCCUUGGAAGAUUUAGCAUAGAUGAAGAAACCGGAGUUAUCUAUACUGCAGAUGUCCUUGACCGAGAGACAACUAAAUCCUAUUGGCUAACAGUGUAUGCGACUGAUCGUGGUGUCGUCCCACUUUAUGCUACCAUCGAGGUCUAUAUUGAAGUUGAAGAUGUGAAUGACAAUGCCCCUCUGACCUCUGAACCCAUUUAUUAUCCGGCUGUCAUGGAAAACUCCCCUAAGGAUGUAUCCAUCAUUCACAUCCAGGCCCAAGAUCCCGACUCCAGCACCAGUGAAAAACUGACCUACAGGAUUACAAGUGGAAACCCUCAGAACUUCUUCGCUAUCAAUCCAAAAACAGGUCUGAUUACGACAACAUCAAGAAAAUUGGAUCGAGAGCAGCAGGCAGAGCAUUUUCUCGAGGUGACGGUCACAGAUGGAGGCAUCUCUCCCAAGCAAUCUACUGUUUGGGUGGUGGUUCAAGUUCUGGAUGAAAACGAUAACAAGCCUCAGUUUCCGGAGAAAGUCUAUCAGAUCAAGUUGCCUGAGAGGGACCGCAAGAAAAGAGGGGAGCCAAUCUACAGAGCUUUUGCAUUUGACAAAGAUGAAGGACCGAAUGCAGAAAUUUCCUACAGCAUCGUGGAUGGAAAUGAUGAUGGGAAAUUUUUUAUUGACCCUAAAACUGGGAUGGUUUCUUCCAGAAAGCAAUUCACAGCAGGGAAUUAUGACAUCUUAACAAUAAAAGCAGUGGACAAUGGACGACCCCAGAAGUCUUCAACUGCGCGCCUCCAUAUUGAGUGGAUUAAGAAACCUGUACCCUCACCUGUAUCACUGACUUUCAGUGAGCCCUUCUACAACUUCACUGUCAUGGAAAGCGAUAGAGUGACAGAAAUUGUGGGAGUAGUCUCUGUGCAACCCGCUAACAUACCUUUGUGGUUUGAUGUAGUCGGAGGGAAUUUCGAUAGUUCUUUCGACGCUGAGAAGGGUGUGGGCACUAUUGUCAUCGCAAAGCCUUUGGAUGCAGAGCAGAGGUCAAUAUAUAACAUGACUGUAGAGGUCACCGAUGGAACAAAUGUUGCAGCCACUCAGGUUCUUAUCAAAGUAUUGGAUAACAACGAUAAUGGCCCAGAAUUCUCUCACCCAAGUUACGAUGUCACGAUUUCGGAGGACAUCCUCCCUGAUACUGAGAUACUGCAGGUCGAAGCUAUAGACAGAGACGAGAAACACAAGUUGAGCUACACUGUUCACAGCAGCAUUGACUCAGUCAGCAUGAGAAAAUUCAGAAUUGACCCCAGCACAGGGGUACUAUACACUGCCGAGAGAUUAGACCAUGAAGCUCAAGAUAAGCACAUCCUUAAUGUAAUGGUUCGAGAUCAGGAGUUUCCCUAUAGAAGAAACCUGGCCAGAGUCAUCAUAAACGUGGAAGAUUCCAAUGAUCACAGUCCCUACUUCACCAGUCCUUUGUAUGAAGCCUCGGUGUAUGAGUCAGCAGCUAUUGGAUCUGCUGUUUUGCAGGUCACUGCUUUGGAUAAAGACAAAGGAGAAAAUGCAGAGCUUACCUACACUAUAGAAGCAGGAAACACUGGGAACAUAUUCAAGAUCGAACCAGUUUUAGGCAUCAUCACAGUAUUGAAGGAACUGGACUUGACAACAAUGGGACAAUUUGUUUUGUCAGUCAAAGUAACUGAUCAAGGUUCACCACCACUGUCUGCAACAGCAAUUGUACGCAUUUCUGUGACCAUGUCAGAUAAUUCCCAUCCAAAGUUCACACACAAGGAAUACCAAGCAGAAGUUAAUGAAAAUGUUAAUAUUGGAACUUCAGUCAUUUUGAUUUCUGCAAUCAGUCAGUCUACAUUAGUUUAUGAGGUCAAGGAUGGGAAUGUGGAUGGAGCCUUUACUAUAAACCCAUAUUCUGGAGUCAUCACGAGUCAAAAGCCACUUGAUUAUGAACGUACUUCCUCUUACCAGCUCAUUGUUCAAGCAACUAACAUGGCAGGCAUGGCAUCAAAUGCGACCAUCAGCAUUCAGAUUGUUGAUGAAAAUGAUAACCUGCCAGUUUUUCUCCUCUCCCAAUACUCGGGCAGCAUAAGUGAAGCUGCUCCUGUAAACAGUAUAGUCCGGAGCUCAGCCAACAACCCACUGGUGAUACGAGCCACGGAUGCCGACAGUAAUCAAAAUGCUUUGCUGGUCUAUCAGAUUGUUGAAUCCACUGCUAAGAAAUACUUCACUGUAGAUUCCAGCACUGGCGCAAUCAGAACAAUUGCAAAUUUAGACCAUGAAACCAUAGCCCACUUCCAUUUCCAUGUGCAUGUUAGAGAUAACGGAAAUCCACAGCUCACAGCGGAGAGUCCAGUCGAAGUUACUAUUGAAGUAACUGACAUCAAUGACAAUCCUCCAGUCUUCAGUCAGGCUGUGUUUGAGACGGUCUUGCUUCUGCCCACUUACGUUGGUGUAGAGGUUCUUAAAGUCAAGGCUACAGACCCAGAUUCAGAGGUUCCACCUGAGCUAACGUACAGUCUGAUUGAAGGCAAUGUGGACCAUUUUUUGAUUGAUUCAAGUACUGGAGUACUCACCAUAAAAAAUAAUACUCUUUCCAAAGAUCACUAUAUGCUUAUAGUAAGAGUGUCUGAUGGGAAAUUUUACAGCACUGCUAUGGUGACCAUAAUGUUAAAAGAAGCCAUGGAUAGUGGGCUCCAUUUUACACAAAGUUUUUAUUCCACAUCUAUCUCGGAGAACAGCACUAAUAUCACAAAGGUAGCUGUGGUGAAUGCUGUUGGAAACCGUCUCAAUGAGCCCUUGAAGUAUGGUAUAUUAAACCCGGGGAACAAGUUCAUGAUCAAAUCCACCUCGGGAGUCAUUGAAACGACGGGCAUCCCCUUUGACAGAGAAAAACAAGAGCUAUAUGAGCUGGUCGUUGAAGCAAGUCGUGAACUAGAUCAUCUGCGUGUGACCAGGGUGGUUGUCAGAGUUAACAUUGAGGACAUCAAUGACAAUGCUCCGGUGUUUGUAGGGCUGCCUUACUAUGCUGCUGUACAAGUUGAUGCUGAGCCUGGUACCCUAAUUUAUCGAGUGACAGCCAUUGAUAAAGAUAAGGGUGCAAAUGGUGAAGUCUCCUAUCUGUUGAAAGAAGACUAUGGGCAUUUUGAAAUUGACAGACAAACUGGAAGUGUCAAUUUAAGAGAAGCCUUCAACUCUGACUUAUCUAAUAUAGAGUAUUUAGUUAUCAUUCUUGCAAAAGAUGGUGGUAAUCCAUCAUUAUCUGCUUCAGUAGAACUUCUUAUUACUAUAGUUAAUAAAGCAAUGCCUGUGUUUGACAAGCCCUUCUAUACAGCUUCUGUAAAUGAAGACAUAGAAAUGCACACCCCAAUUCUUAGCAUAAAUGCAACCAGCCCAGAGGGCCAGGGUAUCAUUUAUAUCAUUGUUGAUGGAGAUCCCUACAACCAAUUUAACAUUGACUUUGACACUGGCAUUCUGAGUGUCAUCAGCCCACUGGACUAUGAAGUAAAUUCUGUUUUUAAGCUGACAGUACGAGCCAGUGAUGCCCUCACUGGUGCUCGGGCUGAAGUCACUGUGGACUUAAUUAUUAAUGAUGUAAAUGAUAAUCCUCCCGUUUUCGAUCACUCGGCCUAUAAUGCUACCUUAUCCGAAGCAUCUUUGAUUGGGACUCCUGUGUUGCAGGUUGUUGCUACCGAUGCAGACUCUGAAAAUAACAAACUUAUACAGUAUCAGAUUGUCCAGGACUCCUUUAACAGCACUGAUUAUUUUCACAUAGAUAGCACAAGUGGCCUAAUCCUGACAGCCCGUAUGUUGGAUCAUGAACUAUUACAGCAGUGCAGCUUAAAAGUCAGGGCAGCUGAUAAUGGAUUCCCACCACUGAGCAGUGAAGUUCUUGUUAGUAUUUAUGUGACAGAUAUGAACGACAACCCUCCAGUUUUUAACCAGUUAAUAUAUGAAUCUUACGUGAGUGAACUGGCCCCUAGGGGCCAUUUUGUGACUUGUGUCCAAGCUUCUGAUGCUGACAGCUCUGAUUUUGACAGACUGGAGUACAGUAUCUUGUCUGGAAAUGAUCGGACCAGCUUUAUAAUGGACAGCAAGCGUGGCAUUAUAACUCUGUCUAACCACCGGAAACAGAGGAUGGAGCCAAUGUAUAGCUUAAAUGUCUCUGUCUCGGAUGGAUUGUUCACCAGCACAGCUCAGGUGCAUAUCCGGAUCCUUGGUGCUAACCUCUAUAGCCCCAUGUUUUCACAGAGUAUUUAUGUGAUAGAGGUUAGAGAAAAUGCUGCCCCUGGAACUAAGGUAAUCCAUGUAAAAGCGACAGAUGGAGAUUCUGGUAUAUAUGGUCAGAUAAACUACUCCAUAAUAAAUGAUUUUGCCAAGGACCGCUUCUUAAUUGAUAACAAUGGACAGAUCCUAACAACUGAGAAAUUGGACCGAGAGAACCCUUUGGAAGGGGAUAUCAGUAUAUUUUUGAGGGCCCUGGAUGGAGGUGGGAGAACGACUUUCUGCACCGUGAGAGUGAUCGUAGUGGAUGAGAAUGACAAUACUCCCCAGUUUAUGACAAUAGAAUACAGAGCAAGUGUCAAAGCAGAUGUUGGAAAAGGUCAUUUGGUCACCCAAGUGCAAGCAUUAGAUCUAGAUGAUGGAGCUAAUUCAAGAAUCACCUAUUCAUUGUAUAGUGAAGCCUCUGUUUCAGUGGCAGAUCUGCUUGAAAUUGAUCCUGACAAUGGAUGGAUGGUCACCAAAGGUAACUUUAACCAGCUGAAAAACACUGUUCUGUCAUUCUUCGUCAAAGCAGUUGAUGGUGGCAUUCCCAUGAAGCAUUCCCUUAUUCCUGUCUAUAUCCAUGUUUUACCUCCAGAAGCUGUUUUACCUUCCUUUUCCCAACCCCAAUAUUCUUUUACAAUACCAGAAGACACUGUCAUAGGAAGCACCCUUGACAUUUUACAUGUUUUGCCAAGCCAGGGUGCUGUAUAUAGCACCGUUAAUGGUGAAUUGGCUGAAAACAACAAGGAGGGGAUUUUCAUCAUAGACCAAGACACUGGAAUCAUAAAGCUAGACAAGAAACUUGACCAUGAGACAAAUCCUGCUUUUCACUUUAAAGUUGCAGCCACCAUACAGCUAGACAAAGUGGACAUUGUAUUAACUGUGGAUGUGGAGGUUAAAGUGUUGGAUGUAAAUGACAACAAGCCUGUGUUUGAAGCUGCCAACUAUGAAGCUGUAAUAAUGGAAGGGAUGCCAACAGGGAUUAAUCUUAUCCAGGUUAAAGCAAUUGAUGCGGACUGGGGUGCAAAUGGGCAAGUCACAUAUACUCUUUCAGCAGAAUCGGAGCUGGACAAGAUCAUGGAAGCCUUCACAAUCGAUGGCAACAGUGGGUGGAUCAGCACAUUGAAGGACCUAGAUCAUGAAAAGAAUCCCACUUUUACUUUUGCAGUGGUGGCUUCAGAUCUGGGAGAAGCUUUUUCCCUCUCAUCCACCACCUUAGUCUCUGUCACUGUGACAGAUAUAAACGACAACGCACCAAUUUUUGAACACGAGGUGUACAGAGGAUCCGUAAAAGAGAGUGACCCUCCUGGUGAAGUUGUGGCAGUUCUCAACACAUGGGACGAAGACACAUCUGAAGUCAAUCGACAGGUUAGCUACCAUAUCACAGGAGGGAAUCCCAAAGGGAAGUUCGCCUUGGGACUGGUUCAGAAUGAAUGGAAGGUUUACGUGAAGAGACCACUAGAUCGGGAAGAACAAGACAUUUAUUUUCUGAACAUCACUGCUACCGAUGGCCUGUUUGUAACACAAGCUGCUGUGGAAGUGACGGUCACUGAUGUUAAUGAUAAUAGUCCUGUCUGUGAUCAGUUUGCAUAUGCAGCAUUAUUUCCUGAAGACAUUCCAUCAAACAAAGUCAUCCUUAAGAUCAGGGCUAAGGAUGCAGACAUCGGAUCCAAUGGUGAAAUUCGCUAUUCGCUGUUUGGACCUGGGAACAAUAAAUUUUUUUUAGAUCCAGAAAGCGGUGAGUUGAAAACCUUAGCCCUUUUAGACAGAGAGAAAAUCCCUGUGUACAACUUGAUUGCCAGGGCAACAGAUGGCGGUGGCAGGUUCUGCCAGUCAGAAAUCCAUCUUUUCCUGGAAGAUGUUAAUGAUAAUCCACCAAUGUUUUCUACUGAUCAUUACACCGCAUGUGUCUAUGAGAAUACAGCCACUAAAGCUUUGUUAACCAGAGUUCAGGCCACGGAUCCUGAUGUAGGUGUGAACAGAAAGGUGGUCUAUUCCCUAGCGGACUCCGCAGAUGGUUACUUCUCUGUGGAUAGGUCAUCAGGGAUCAUUAUUUUGGAGCAUCCACUUGAUAGAGAGCUGCAGCCUUCCUAUAACAUCAGCGUAAAAGCAUCAGACCAGAGCCUUGUGUUCUCCCUGUCUUCAUUUGCUACAGUUACCAUUACAGUGCUGGAUAUUAAUGACAACCCUCCUGUGUUUGAGAGAAGAGACUACCUUGUUACAGUGCCUGAAGAUACCUCACCUGGCACCAAAAUACUGGCUGUUUUUGCAACAAGCAAAGACAUUGGUACCAAUGCAGAGAUUACCUACCUCAUCAGGUCUGGAAACGAGAAAGGGAAAUUUAGGAUCAACUCAAAGACGGGAUCCAUUUCUGUAAUUGAAGCUCUGGACUAUGAAAUGUGUAAGGAUUUUUACCUAAGAGUGGAAGCAAAAGAUGGAGGUAUGCCAGCCCUAAGUGCUAUUACAACAGUGAACAUAAAUGUAACGGAUGUGAAUGACAAUGCACCAAAAUUUAAUCAAGAGGCCUACAGUGCAGUCAUCAGUGAAGAUGCUUCAGUUGGUGAUUCUGUGAUUAUGUUGAUAGCAGAAGACCAGGAUAGUCCUACCAAUGGCCAGAUUCAUUUUUCCAUAGUGAAUGGUGAUCGGGACAAUGAAUUUUCAGUUGAUCCUGUUUUGGGACUUAUAAAGAUUAAAAAGAGAUUGGACAGAGAAAAGGUGUCUGGAUAUUCGCUAGUUAUUCAGGCAAGAGACAGUGGCAUCCCUCCUUUGUCAUCAUCUGUGACGGUCAACAUAGACAUUUCUGAUGUGAAUGAUAAUAGCCCUGUGUUUACACCGGCCAACUAUACAGCUGUAAUUCAAGAGAAUAAACCCGUGGGCACAAGUAUUUUGCAGCUGGUAGUGACAGACAAUGAUUCUUUUCACAAUGGCCCCCCGUUUACCUUCACCAUUCUGACUGGCAAUGAAGAGGAGGAAUUUAUGUUGGACCCACAUGGAGUUUUGAGGUCUGCAGUUAUCUUCAGGCACAUGGUAGCAACUGAAUACAUGCUCUGUGUGCAGGCUAAAGAUUCUGGAAAGCCUCAACAGGUGUCCCACACUUACAUUCAAGUGCGGGUUAUUGAAGAAAGCAUUCACAAACCAACAGCCAUUCCACUGGAGAUCUUUAUAGUCACCAUGGAAGAUGACUUUCCAGGGGGUGUCAUUGGAAAGAUUCAUGCCACAGAUCAAGAUGUGUAUGAUGUUCUCACUUACACCCUGAAAUCAGAUCAGAAAAGUCUCUUCAAGGUUAACAGCCACGAUGGCAAGAUCAUUGCCCUGGGAGGGCUAGAUAAUGGCAAGUACACACUGAAUGUGUCCGUCAGCGAUGGCCGGUUCCAAGUGCCCAUCGAUGUUGUCGUCCACGUGGAACAGCUGAUACAAGAAAUGCUGCGGAACACAGUCACCAUCCGAUUUGAGAACGUUUCCCCUGAAGAUUUUGUGGGGCUCCACAUGCAUGGGUUCAGGCGCACCUUGCGGAAUGCUGUGCUCUCGCAGAAACAAGAUAGCCUGCACAUUAUCAGCAUUCAGCCUGUGGCAGGCACCAAUCAGCUUGACAUGCUGUUUGCAGUUCAGAUGCAUACCAGUGGAUUCUAUAAGCCUGCUUAUUUGAUUCAGAAGCUUACCAAUGCAAGGAGACACUUAGAAAAUGUGAUUCGCAUCUCGGCUAUCUUGGAGAAGAAUUGUUCUGGACUGGAUUGUCAGGAGCAGCACUGCGAACAAAGCCUGUCUAUUGAUUCCCAUUCCCUGAUGACCUAUAGCACAGCGCGAAUUAGUUUUGUGUGUCCCCGUUUCUACAGAAAUGUACGCUGCACAUGUAAUGGAGGUCUGUGUCCUGGGUCCAGUGAUCCCUGUAUGGAGAAGCCGUGUCCUGGGGACAUGCAGUGUGUGGGGUACGAAGCUAGUCGAAGACCAUUCAUCUGCCAGUGCCCACCAGGGAAGCUCGGAGAAUGUUCAGGGCACACUUCCCUUAGCUUUGCUGGGAAUAGUUACAUCAAAUACCGGGUUUCUGAAAAUAGCAAGAAAGAAGAAUUCAAGCUGGCUCUGCGUCUGCGAACCUUGCAAAGCAAUGGGAUUAUAAUGUACACCAGAGCAAAUCCCUGUAUAAUUCUGAAGAUCAUGGAUGGCAAAUUGUGGUUCCAGUUAGACUGUGGAAGUGGCCCGGGAAUCCUGGGAAUUUCUGGCAGGACUGUUAAUGAUGGGAACUGGCACUCGGUCUUCCUGGAGCUCAAUCGGAAUUUCACAAGUUUAUCACUUGAUGACAGUUACGUGGAGCGGCGCAAAGCUCCCCUCUACUUCCAGACUCUGAGUACAGAUAGCUCUGUCUACUUUGGAGCCCUGGUGCAAGUGGAUAAUGUCCGAAGCCUGACUGACAAGAGGACAACCCAGGUCUUGAGUGGUUUUCAGGGCUGCCUGGAUUCUGUUAUCCUGAAUAACAAUGAACUGCCGCUCCAAAACAAGCGCAGCAGCUUUGCAGAAGUGGUUGGCCUGACUGAAUUAAAGCUUGGCUGCGUUCUGUACCCUGAUGCAUGUGAGAGGAAUCCUUGCCAGAACGGAGGGAGCUGUACUAGUUUGCCAUCUGGUGGUUAUCAGUGUAGUUGCCUCUCUCAAUUCACAGGAAGAAACUGUGAAUCUGAGAUCACAGUGUGCUUUCCAAAUCCAUGUCGGAAUGGAGGGUCGUGUGACCCGAUAGGCAAUGCCUUCAUCUGCAAUUGCAAAAAUGGACUGACAGGAGUAACGUGCGAAGAUGAUGUCAACGAAUGUGAAAGAGAGGAAUGUGAAAAUGGCGGCUCCUGUAUCAACGUUUUUGGCUCGUUUCUGUGUAACUGCACUCCUGGAUAUGUGGGGCAGUAUUGCGGCCUCAGGCCUGUGGUGGUACCCAACAUACAAGCCGGACAUUCCUACGUCGGCAAAGAAGAACUAAUAGGAAUAGCAGUCGUCCUUUUUGUUAUCUUUGUGUUGAUCAUCCUGUUCAUAGUUUUCCGCAAAAAAGUGUUCCGGAAAAAUUACUCACGCAACAAUAUCACCCUGGUCCAGGACCCGGCUACUGCUGCUCUGCUCAACAAGAGCAACGGGAUCCAGUUCAAGAACCUAAGGAACAGUGGGGACAGUCGCAAUAUCUACCAAGAGGUAGGGCCACCGCAAGUCCCUGUGAGACCCAUGGCUUACACCCCUUGCUUCCAGAGUGACUCACGGAACAAUUUAGACAAGAUAGUGGAUGGACUUGGAGUUGAGCAUCAGGAGAUGACGACAUUUCAUCCAGAGUCUCCUCGUAUACUAACAGCAAGGCGGGGUGUGGUAGUGUGCAGCGUGGCUCCCAACCUGCCAGCCAUGUCUCCCUGUCGAUCUGACUGUGACUCCAUCAGGAAGAGUACCUGGGACGGUGGUACUGAAAGUAAAGAGGUUGAUGAUGCUGAAGAGGUGACCUGUUUUGCCGGAAGUAAUAAAGGCAGCAACUCUGAAAUUCAGUCCCUCAGCUCCUUCCAGUCAGACUCAGGUGAUGAUAAUGCUUCCAUAGUGACUGUCAUACAGCUUGUCAACAAUGUAGUUGACACUAUAGAAAAUGAAGUGUCUGUUAUGGAUCAAGGACAGAACUACAACAGAGCUUAUCACUGGGACACCUCUGACUGGAUGCCAAGCGCUCGUUUGUCUGACAUUGAGGAAGUGCCCAAUUAUGAAACAGCAGAUGGAGGCUCGGUGCAUCAUGGAAGUAACAGGGAACUGGAAACUGAUUACUACCUUGGUGGCUAUGACAUCGAUAGUGACUAUCCUCCUCCUCACGAAGAGGAGUUUUUAAGUCAGGACCAGUUACCUCCUCCACUCCCAGAGGACUAUCCAGACCAAUAUGAAACCCUUCCACCAUCACAGCCAGUCUCAAUGGCUAGCACACUCAGCCCAGAUUGCAGACGGCGGCCACAGUUCCACCCUAGCCAAUACCUCCCUCCUCAUCAUUUCCCCAACGAGAUGGAUGCUGCUGGGUCUCAGACUGUGAAUGAAUUUAGUACUUUUGCUGUUGUCCCAGGCCAGAGCAUGGAAAAUGUUAGUGCAGGUAAGAUGCCCUUAUCCUUACACAACUCUCUGGAUGCCUCCUCAUCUGACAUUUCAGCCAGCUGUGGCUUUGACGAUUCCGAAGUAGCCAUGAGUGACUUUGAAAGUGUGGAGGAGCUCAUCCUAGAUAACGUUCACAUUCCAUUUGUGGAGACCCAGCAUCAGACACAAGUGUAAAGGAGACUUUUUUUCUGGUGGUCUUUUGGUCCAAUUAACAGUAUAAAUACUGAGAAGACAUUUUGGUAAAGAUGUAUCUAUGUAUAUUGGGCAAGGCAGAAAUCCAAUAUAACCUAUUAACUUGUUCAAAAAUGAUACUGUAUGUGCAGACAUAAAGAGACCAGUUAUGUUAAGCUGUGUGCCACAAAAUUGUUACAGACAAUCUGGAGAAUAUGUACCAUCUAUUUAUUACCAAGAGUACACUCACAGAGUUUCUGAGGGGGGAAACAAUUUCACCUUUUAAGUUCCCUUUCUUCACCUGCUAUUUAUUUGGUAUUGUAUUAUUAAAAGUGUUACAAUCUCUCCCUGCAGUAUUAGCAAAGGGGAGGAUGAUUCCAAGAGGCAUCGUUGCAUGAAAUUUUACGUCAGCUAAAGAGUGAAAUAAUUUGGUCAUAUGUAAAACAUUUCCAUUGGUUUUGUUAAAAAAGCAUUUAAAAGAAAACUUAUCAACAUGGAUAUCUGUCCAUAAAUAACUAUUUAUUUAUAGUUUUGUUUAUAUAUCACAUCGAAUCCUACCUUGUGUGCAUAGAGUAAGACACAUAUAUACAUUAUAUAUUAUACACCAAACUAGACUAGGUUGGUUGCCAUUAUUCAAACUUACUUUCAGAUGUGUGUGUAUACGUUGAAUUAUGAGACUUUCCAAAUAUUGUGACAUUUAACCCUUGCGAGUCUGACACACUAAUGGCCAAAUUCUGCCCUUAGAUACACAUGUGUAACUCCCAAUGAUUUGUGUACCGAAUGUGACCAUGUAUCUGAGAACAGAACUGAACCUGAACUACCACGUUUUGCUGCUUUUAUUUUGGGCUUCCUUGCAGCUUUUUAACAGCAGUCAUAAUGCUGUCAUAGUCCAGUUAAAUUAGUUUGCAUACACACUCUACUAUAAUCUUAAAUUGCUAGAUCAGCUACAGCUGAAAAAUGUCCUGCCCUCGAGUUUGUGGAACAGAUCCUCGACUGGUGUAGUCAAUGGAGAUAUGUUAAUUUACAUCAACAUCAGCUGAGUAUCUGGUCCUGUAUUCCCUCAGAACUCCCAAAUCAUAUUCACAGAGUUAAAGCGCUUUUGUAUAAUACUGUAAAAUGCAAAAACACCACCUCAGGUUAAUUUUGGCAUUUCACAUUAAUCAUCCAGAGUGGGUUAAAUGCAAUAUGGAAACCUGUUUUUUCCACUCACUGCAGUAAAAAUCUAUAUGUGCCCUUUACUCGAUGCUGUGAAAAUAUUUUUAACUACAGUUAUGAGUACUUCUACAGCAUUUGUACAUCUCUGUGGCUAUACAUUGUACAUUGAAUAGGAGGAAGUCUCCACUUUGCAUUAAUGUUUUAUUAUCCACAUCCUUCCCUAGCGGAACUCAGUCAUUCUGAAAGUGUAUUGGAUAGGUAGAAGUUAUGGAUGAAUGGAUGCUCUAACAGGUUUUUCAUGCUGCUGUCUUAUCCUGUUUCUUGGUCAAAUAAGUUAACUGGAUCGUUUUUAGGAAGAGAGAUUCCCAACUGAACUGAAUUUUACCCAUUCAGUUGUCAUAAGUCUGUCUUAUUUCUUAUCAUACAGCUGGUGAUUAUUCACAAGUUGCCCCAAAAGGAAACAGAUUAUUGAGAAUGUUUCUUAAAUGGUUGUGUAGCUUGUGACACUUUUAAUAAAACAUGGUCUCUAAACUUUGCAGUGUAACCUGAUAUUUCAGUGCUUCCCUCCAGUAUAUCAUAUAUCAGUAGAAGAUUGGUUUUACUUUGGAUCGUGCAACAAUUCUUCAUUAGAAAACAAUCCAGUUACAGUACGUAGAGGUACAUAAUUAAUCAAGUGGACUUUAGGCAAGAGAAUGUACUGCACAUACAAGUAUUAUGAAGUACUUGCCUGCAUAUAGUUCGUGUUCAUUGAAUUUAUGAAUGUCACUUGGUCUCCUCAAAGCAGACGUGCUUCUGUAAGAGUGAUAUGUUCUAAAUGUGUUCAUGGUACAUUCUGAUCCCCUUUCCCUUCCACUCUCCCACCAUUUUAAAGAAAAAAUACAGAUUUCAGAUAGAUCAUGAUUGCGAGGAAAAUGAGGGACUUCCCUACACACCAUGAAAUAGUUUGGCUGCAGCCAAGGCACAGAUUUAGUUAUGCAGCAUGACCAUGCCUUGCUUACAAAGUUUACAUGGCAGAGAAGUGGUUGCAAGGAAUAGAUUAGUAUUAUUUCAAGGAUAGGAAUAUUUUGAGUUUUAACAAAUGUAAAAAGCUGCAAGUUUAGCUGUUGUGCAAUAGUUUUAAUGCUGAUAUGAAUUUCUGUGAAUUUAAUACUCUUUUAGCACAUGGCUGUGGCAUACUUGGGGUUUGCUUCAAGUCAACUCUCAGUGUACCACAUUUUGAACUAUUAUGCAAUGAACUCUCUUUUUGCCUCCAACUAGUUAUUAAAUAUACUCACCAUCUUCAUCUGUAGAAACCAUCUUUGGGUACUAGAUCCCCGAGACACUGGUAUCUAAGUUAUUUUCCUUAUAGGGACAUAUCAAAAGUGUCACAAAGGGAAACACAGUUGUAACAUAGCAGUUGUCAUACCAGAAAAGACCAAUGGUUCUUAUUAAGCUUGUUGCCUCAGUAAUAUCUUGUGGGCAGUGAGUUUGACUGGUAAAAUACAUGUAGCUUCAGUAUAUACUUCCUUUUCUGGCUUUUAAAUUUUGUUACCAUUUCAUUUAGUCAAGCACCAAUUUGUUAAUGUGCUAUGGAGAAGGGGAUAUAGGAGCACAUGAUUAACCUUCUCCGUACCAUUCAUGAUUUUAUAUACCUCAAUAUCUCCUCCUCUCCAAACUAAAUAGACCUCCUGUAUUCAGUCUUUCCUCACAUAGAAACCCCUCAAUGCCUGUCCCCACUUCUAUUGCCUUUCUGGUUCUCUUCUAGUUCUUUUCAGUGACCAAACUUGAAUGCAGAUCUCAAGGUGAAAACCUUCUCAAGCAUUAAUGCGUGCAAUAACAGUCUCACAUUACUUUCUGUUUCCUUGCUAAUACAACUCAGCAUCUUAUUUGCUUUUUUAAUUAAUGGUGUGCUUUGAUUAACUCUGAUAUGAACCAACUGAGUGCAUGAGUAGGUAGUUUGCACUGUUCCAUCCGAUGUAUGUUACUCUGUCGUAUGAUGGGUUUUUUCUGUUGCUGUCUUCUCAGCUGCCUCGUUAGGUCUUUCCUCAGAAUCCCUGCUAGUCUUGACUAACUGUGCCUGUAGAGUGUCACAAUUCACAUUCCUGUAGAUGUCUCUACUACAUGAUAUUUCCCUUCAGAUUCUUCUGUAAAGAGUUUUCACAGACCGACUGCAAUAUCAAAUGAUGCUAUUCCAUGGCAAAACCACCGUCCUUUAUGGUAAAUACACUCUUCGCUUUUUAUUUAAGAAAAAAAAAAGGCAGCAACUACUCAGAAAAUAAAUUCGUAUCUUUAUCAGAAUUUCUUAGGUUGCCAAGUAUGUUUGUGGGUCUAACUUACAUGAUGCAUAUGUUCUAUUGUUCUCAUUUACACCAAUGCUCCUUUAAGGGCCUUAAAGUGGGUGUCAAUGCCAUUUACACUGCCAAGACCCUCUAAAGUGGCCCUAGCGUAAAGGAGGAUCUGGCAAACAUGUUUUUUUUUAAUUAUUAUUAACAUUUUGCCUCCAAUUUAUGAGCUUCUGAGGGAAAAAAUACAAGUACUCCUGCUCUGGCUCCUUUACACUGGGUAAAAGGGCCAAAGUGGUGUACAGGGGCCCUAAAAGUCCCACAUAAAGGUGGGGGAGGAUUCGCCUGGCACAAGCACUGCAGGAGGCAGCCAUAGGGCUGACCUUCCAGAGUCCUUUCUCAAGGCAAGGUUUGGAAGACAGGAACAGCCCAUGGUCAAGAAGACACGAAGGUGGUUUAGAGACUCCAGCUCCACCUGGGCUGCACCUCUCAGAGGCACAGCACAGAAUCUCAUGCUGAGCAUGUAUCUUAGAGUUGUUUAACUUUGAUCCUCAACAAAAAGAAUUCUAGCCUGUUAUAAAGCCUACAAUAUGUUACAUGACAAUUGUUGUCCUGCCUCAAUACAAGUUUCAAUGGAAAAGGCAGGUCUAACAGGAAUAGUAUAUAUAUACACACUUGUGUAGCAAGUCAUAUUCCUGUUUGAAAAUCAUGCCAUGAUAUUUAAACUCCACAACCCAGGAGCAACUCAAGAUGUGGUGGACCAUUACUGUUGAUUACUGCAAUGCUUUCUUUAAAAGGCUGGUAUCAUUCAUAAUUAAGGAAAACAGUUAUGUUAAACCAAUAGAGGAAAUGCAUCUUUGUUAGAUCAAUAUUACCAUUAUAGUCUUUUUUUUUCAAUUAUUACAUGAGUAAUUAUGGAAGUUAAAAGGUUCUAAAGGGGAGAUAGACUUCUUCAGAUUCGUGAUGGUACGUGCUCUAUGGUAUAGAUCUCUGCUUUUUUGCCAGUUUGCAUCUCUGUCCUCUCAGUACACAUCAGUAAUACAACAAGCCCUAGAAAUUAACAGUAUUCACAUUACUAUCCAUUGCCUUUAGCUUGUAGUCUGUAAACUUGACCUACAAAGUCAGCCAUUAACAGAAGGGGCAUUGAUUUACCUAUAGUCACAUCUUAUGGGGGAGGAACAGAUGGGUGGGCGGGAAAAGAAUAAAAUGAAAUUCAUUUCUUUAUGUAAUAACAAAAAGCAAUAAUUCCAAAUACGUAGUAUUACGCGAAGGCCAUAACUUCUUGUUACCAGUGUUAAGGAUGCACUUGAAUUGUAUUACGGGAAUGAGAUUGGAACCCUCAGUACUGUAAUUAUUCUUCCGUCAUAUGAAUACCUGAAUUGCUACUAUUUAACAAUUUUAUGAGCCCAUACUACUGCUUUUCAGGAAGUGACAAAUGCAUUUGGGAAAUGGAAGCAGUUCUCUUUAAAGCACUGUAUCAGAAAGAUUGUCUUGUAAAUUUUACCUGUUACAAGCAGGCUGGUAUGUAAAAGAUGUAUGUUUUGGUGUUUAAAAAGAAAUUUAUAAAAAUAAUGUAUAUAAUGGUUUCAAAUUACCAGGCUUUUGUAGAUAUUUGAUGCCAAUCAGGUUGCUUUAAAUUUUUGUUUGAUAUAAUUAAAAGAAAGUCAUCCAAGUUGGUUUAAACUUUUAAGGUAAUAACAGAAAAAAACAAAAAAAAAUUUAGAUUUGAAAAAAAUGGUAAUUUUUACUCAUUUCAAAUGUACUGUAACUUUCCUUUUGGUUCAGCUCUUUUCAUUUAACUUUUCUGUUUUUUAAGAAGAUUUUUUUUAUUGACUUUUUUUAAAAUCAGUGUGUUUUGCACAAAGACUUAGAGACAUGAUUUUUACGCCAAGUCAAGUAGCUGUUAAGAUUCAUCAUUUCUUCAUCGACAAAAAAAACACCCGUAUGCAAAGGAGAAGGUAAUCACUUCGAGUGGAUCUCGGCCCUCAUCUGAAGAGUAAUCGUUCCUUCAUAAUUGCUGUUAGCAGUAUUGUCUUGUGUUCUUUUGCUAUAAAAAAGGAAAAAAAGUGUACAGGUUUGUAACUGCCAAAAUUUGCUAAAGUUGAUGGUUAA